GCUGCAACAACGGCUCCAUCAGUGUGCUGCUCUGUCGCAGACGGGUUCUUCUAACAUCGUGAGGCUGCUGUGAUGGUUUUCUGAUAAAGACUGAGGAAAACAGGGACAGGAUGUGGCUCUUUAUAGUGUUUUAUAUCCUGGGGCUACACACCUCUCAGGCUACUGGACAAGACAAUUCAACACAAAUGUACUAUGCCAAACUGACAAUAGAUGAAAGUGCAAUUGAAAACAUAACGGCGUUACUGAAACCUUUUAUGAAAGACUCAGACGUGUAUGUUGACGACCUUUCCAAGACGACAAUCUGUCAAAGUAACUUGACUAACAGAAUCUGUGAAUGCGAGCCAGGCUUCAUCUGGACUAAUAAGAUUUGUGAACCUCUUAAAUGUUGUAACAACAUAAGCUGCACCUUUUCCAAAGACACUGACAUGUGUGUUUCAAACAAAUCAGUUACCAUCAGAGGAAUCCUUACGUUACAAGGAGACGAAUAUUUCCCUUGUCUGGACACCGGAGACAAGCGCUAUCAGAAUUGUACUACCAUAUUGUUUACUGAGAUGAAAAAAGUCUACAGCACUUUGAGCGGAUUUAACAUCUUAAAAAUUCUCAGCUACAGGUUGGGAAGCGUCAUCGUAGAUUUUGAAAUGGCUUUUGCUCAAAAUAUCAACAUAGCAUAUCUGCAAAGCUUAACAGUAAACCUGGGGAAGUCCCUGUUAGGAAAACUAAAAAUGGAGACUGCAGGUGUUGUUACUUUACAGAUGCCAAAUAAGCCUGUGUGUCAGGACAAACAACACAGCAUCACAUGCACUGUAAAGGAGCCGCUGGUAACCCAAGAACCACCGAAGUGGGAGCUGGAAAGAGAGGGCCAAAAGUUUGAAAUAACUAAUGGCACAGAGUCAGAAGUGACAAUUGAACCACUGGAGACCAAAAUCAAACUUAAUAACAUAUCAGAACUCUGGGAAGGAGAGUACACGUGUCUCUACAUCCAAACGUCAGAGUAUUACACAAUAACCCACAAAGCCAAAUCUGUACUGGACGCAAAAAUUAAGGCAAAAAUUGACAUCACCGUGGCUCCAAGUUUUCCGUACUGCACAGAGGGCAUAGAUAGUCUGAUUGUACAGAUCACAUGUCAGACACAGAAUAAGAAUGAAAGUCUUAUUGUGACAUGGAAAAGCCCAGACAUCAAGAUAGUGCAAAAAACUUAUACCACCCCAGGAACUUAUACUGCGUCAGUGGUUGUUGACUGUAAAUCUGUACCCAGUUAUCCAAAUAUAACAUGCAGCUUUAACGACACAUGCAAUCAAGUCAGCACUGCUACAACUGAUAUCAAUAUCAUACGUGUAAAUGAUACAUUCUGUAAAGAUGAUGGUGACUGGAAAAACACCAAAGCUGGAUUCACUGCACGGUUACAAUGCAAAGACUCAACUGGACAAAGACAAAGAUACUGCGAUAGCUCGGGGAAAUGGGAAGCGGAGGUUUCAGGGUGUGUGAAUAAUGAAGUGACCAAUGUGCUGCAGAAAGCAACCAUUGUUGACAUUGGACUUGGCAUAGCAAACGACAACGUUGCACAAGUGUUUUCCCUCCUUGGGAAGGUCACUAAUGACUCAAAGUCUAUCAACACGUUUGCCAAUAUGAAUGCAACUAUUGCAAUACUCGACACUUUGAGUAAAAAGAAUGCCGUAAAGCCAAAUUCAACAGCAACAAAUGACUUUCUGGAGUCAUCCAGCAAUUUGCUGGACAGGUCUCUUAAAGCUUCAUGGGAAACAAAGCCCAAAGGAGACGAAAAACCCCUGGCUGACGUAUAUUUGAGUUCUGUUGAGAAAUUAAUUAAGGUGGCAGACAUAACAAAUGCCCCUAAAAAGAAAAACAUAGAGGUAGCAGAACGCAGUUGCACACAGUUGUCGAAUUGUACCAACAAGGUGUUCAAUGUCACCGUCAAACUUGAAAGUUCAGUUGCUGUCAAAGUAAAAACAGCUGGGUUUCUUGAACUGGAUAAGUAUUUGCCCAACAAUAAUACAGAGUUCAGCCCCAACAGCAUUGUCGUGUCAACAACUACUGACAACAAACAAAAGAGUCCGGUGUCAGUCAGAAUUACCUUCGAACUGCUCAAGCAGAGGCCUCGCAACGUUGAUAUACAGUGCGUGUACUGGGACGGGAAUAGGACAGGUUGGUCAAGAGAAGGAUGCACAUGGCAAGGUCCGUCUAGUGAGACAGAAUGUGUUUGCGAACAUCUGUCCUCAUUUGCCAUUCUCAUGUCAAAGUAUCCCCUAAACAUCACUGGGUUAACGGAGAUAACCUACGCCGGACUGUCUGUAUCAGUAAUAUCCCUCGUUAUUAACCUUCUGAUCGAACUGACUAUCUGGAACGCCGUGGUUAAGACAAAUACUUUAUAUUUACGCCAUACUGCCCACGUAAACAUUUCUCUCUGUUUGCUAAUUGCAGAUUGCUGUUUUUUAGCGUCUUCUGAGCCUAAGAAUAUUUCAGAAAUCAUGUGCGGUGCCUUUGUCGUGUUGAAGCAUUUCUGUUACCUGUCCAUGUUCUUUUGGAUGUUGUGUCUGAGCAGCACGCUUCUUCAUCAAGCGAUUUUCCUGUUCCAUAAUGUAAGCAAGAAAACCUACCUCAGGUUCUCAAUAGUCCUGGGCUACGUGUGUCCUCUGCUCAUUGUUGCUGUAUCUCUUCUUGUCUAUAUGGCCGGUGGUAAAAACAAGUACUACUCCUACGACACCUGUUGGCUUGUUUAUGAUGGAUUUAUGAAAGGGUCAAUCUACACGUUUGUCAUACCAGUGGGUAUAAUUGUUUUCAUCAACGUUUUCUCCAUGGUGGUGGUAAUCAUGAAGCUUUUGGAUCACCCUAAGAACGUAGACAAAUCUCACGACAAAGAAAAAAAGGCGGCCAUAACUGUCGUGAGGUCAGUCGUCCUUCUGACGCCAGUCUUCGGUCUGACUUGGAUCUUUGGGUUUGCUGUAAUGCUUAUUGAUCUCACAUCUGGGAACAUAGCCUAUGUCGUCAAUUACACCUUUACGCUGCUGAACGCAUUCCAGGGUUUGUUCAUUUUGUUAACCACGUGCCUGGGGGACAAACUGACCCGUGAAGCACUGCUGAAUCGUCUAACAAGCAAGACCAACACUCACGCAUCGACUAAUGACAGCACCACAAAGUUAGAAUCAACUAUGAAUAAGUAAAAAUCGUCUCAAACUUGUGCAUCGUGUGUUUAGUGGCAGUGAGGUCGCAACCAACUGAACACCCCUCACCUCACCCAUACUUAGUCAUUUAUAUUGGUAUUCAAUUUCUGUAUUAUUCUGCCAAUAUACCCACUAAACCUUUCACACUGGACCUUUAAAUCAAAACAAUUUACACAUAAAAUAUAUAAGCACAUUUACUCUCUGGUUUGAUUAUUUGUCUCUUGUUUAUU